AUGUCUUUUGAUAUUCUCACCUGGGGAGCUGUUGCGACAGCAUUGUUGGUCUUUGUACAUUUGUCCUGGCGUGCUCCCGUGACUGACCCCAUUCUGUUGCUCAUGACUCUAUCGGCGGUCUUGUACAAGGUUGUGUACGAGCUGUAUUGGUCGCCGCUCGGCCGGUUCCCGGGACCGAAGCUUUGGGCGAUCACCCCCAUCCCGAGUCAAUUGUCUGUUGUUAAGGGAUACAAUCACCUGGAUGUCCUGGCGUUACAUGAGCAAUACGGUCCAGUGGUUCGUCUGGGUCCCCGUGAGCUCGCUUUCUUCACGGCCCGUGCCUUUCGAGAUGUUCACUUGUCUCGACCGGGCGGAUGUCUACCCAAAGAUCCAUCGACUUAUUCCCCCACGCCGAAUGGGGUCGACAACGUAGUAACGACUUUGAACCAGGUCGUUCAUGCACGUCAGCGAAGAUUACUGGCUCCUGCGUUCUCGGAGCGAGCUUUGAAAGAGCAAGAGGGUCUGAUCAUGGGCUACAUAGACACCUUGAUUGCGAAACUGCGAGCGCAGGUCCAACGAGGAUCAUCAGUGGUUGAUAUGAAAGAUUGGUUCAACUUCACUCUCUUCGACAUCACUGGCGACCUGAUGUUUGGCCAAUCAUUCGACUGUUUGAGAGACUCGCAGUUGCACUCAUGGAUCGGGUUGACGUUUGCGUCUGUUCAGUAUCUGUCCAUUAAUGCUGCAGCAAGACAAUUCCCGCUGGUCUCUAAGGCUCUUGACGCCAUGAUCCCGAAGCAUUUGAAGCAAAAGUCCGUGGAUCAUUUCAAUCUAGCAGCGCGUCGAGUGGAUCACCGUCUCGAGUCCAACACUGCCCGACCAGACUUUAUCUCUGCUUUCUUGCAAAACGGCCUCGGCACCACCAAUGAUCACGAUGGAAAGACAACUAAGACAAUGUCACGAGCGGAGCUCCACGCCAAUGCUUUUAUACUGAUCAUCGCUGGAAGUGAAACGACUGCAACCCUUCUUUCGGGCUGCGUCUUUUUACUUUGUUCUCAUUCCGAAGUCAUGCGCCGCCUCGUCGCCGAAGUUCGGUCGUCCUUUGUUUCUGCAGAUCAAAUUACGUUUGAAAGCACGGCCGGACUGCCUUACCUUGGGGCGGUCAUUGAGGAAUCCCUUCGGAUGUACCCUCCUGUGGCAAACACUGCCUACCGACGAGUUCCAGCGGGCGGCCUAGACAUCGACGGCGAAUUCGUGCCCGAAGGGGCGAGGGUCGGUUGUCACCAUUAUGCCUCAAACCGAUCAUCCGCCAAUUUUGCGCUUCCACAUGACUUUAUCCCGGAGCGGUGGCUAGGAACCGAUAGCCGUUUCGUCAACGACAAGAGGGAUGUACUUCAGCCCUUCAGUCUUGGGCCGAGAGGCUGUAUAGGAAGACCCCUGGCGUACUGCGAGAUGCGAUCAAUCUUAUGCAAACUGCUUUACAAUUUCGAUAUCUCCCUCUGCCCGGAGAGUAAGAACUGGAUCGACCAGCAGGCGUUCACUGUUUGGAAGAAGCCACGUCUGGCAGUGACACUGCGGGAUCGCUUCGAAGAUGGUAUGGGAGCAAGCGUUUGA